CCUUAUCGUUAGGUAAAGGGUCAACACUAUUAUAAGAUGAAUGUGUACUGGUUACCAUAGAGAGGUGUUGACUAGACACAAGGAGGCGAUGGCUGAAGAUCAAGAGGAGCAACACAGCACUGUCCUCAGAGAGCUGUGUGCUAUCAAUGGUGUGAGCUAUGACCACCUGGAGAGAGGCAGUGGACACAAAGUCACUAAACUAGAAUCGUUCUUCUUUGGUACUCCGUGUAUCCCUCAAGGUGGACUAGUCUACUUCCCUGCACUCACUGAGCUAAGGAUAGUCAACCAGAAGUUCACUCAUAUCUCUGGCCUUGACUCUUGUGUAGGCCUCACCCAGCUGUGGAUAUGUGAGGGACAACUAGAGUGUAUAGAGGGCCUCUCUGCUUGCACUAACCUCACCAGCCUUUAUCUGUACACUAACCGGAUUACAAAGAUAGGUGGUUUGGACACUCUCACUAAGCUACGCACUCUCUGGCUCAAUGGGAACCUCAUACCAACCAUACAGGGCCUUGACAGUCAGUGUGGUCUACAGGAGUUGAACCUUGCUCACAAUAAGAUCCCUUUCAUUGGAACAUCUCUGGAUCAUCUGACAGGGUUGAUAGAGUUGAAUCUCUCUGGCAACCUUUUGUGUUGUCUGUCUGACCUAGUCCACUUGUCUAGUCUCCCCCAUCUCAGCACACUGUCCCUGUGUGACCCACUCUACACACCUAACCCCGUGGCCACACUCUGUAACUACUCCACACAUGUUCUCUAUCAUCUACCCACACUACACUGGCUGGAUGGAGUGGGUGUGGCCUCAGAGGAGCUCCACCUACUGGUGGAGGGCGUGGUUCAACGUAAGAAGAGAUUCUAUCGUAUGAAAACCCACCACAUUCAAAUGGAGGCACGGGAAAAGGAGAGGAGGAUACGAGAGCAGACCGAGGCAGCAAAGAAUGACAUGUACUCCAAUAUCAGAGAGGUCCAAAGACAGAUAAAGACUUCAACCCCUGUUGACCCCGAGCACCUCUCCUCUCUCACCGCCACUAUGGAGGCACUAGAUACACACCUCACACGUCUAGAGAGGGUGUGUUGUGUGCAGUGUGAGAGAGUGUGGGGGCGGUCCCAGCAGCUGUGCCAGCGAUGGAGCACGGAGUUAGAGAGUGGAGGCAAUGUCAAGUUCCUGGCUGGUGGACCCACUGACCCCUGGGUCACUUCAUGUGAGGAGAUUGUCCAAUCACGGCUCACUGUGACACAGGGUGUGAGUGGUGUGGAGGUGACUGGCGUAAUCAAGGUGGAGAAUAGAUUCCAAUACACACGAUUCAAUGACAAGCUGAAACUGGAGCUGGAGAAGGAAGUCUUCUCAUCACUUAGCUCUUGGAAGUCUCUACUGGACUAUCUCUUCAUUGUUUGGCAACCAGGUAUGACAUGUCUGGACUUGUGUGGAGACAAGAGUUCUUCUGCUCACGUCACUAACUCAGUCAAUCUGGCCGAUGCUCUGAGGAUAGCAGACCUGGCUAAGGGUCAAGGGUCACCAGACGGAGAGCUGCUGCUCUGCAAAGUGUUUGUGGGACUCAGCUCUCAAGUCAAAACCAACAAAGUGCUGUGUUUGGGUGAUGAUGUCAACACUGUGUGUCGUCUGGGGGAGGGUGGACAGAAGGAGUGGUUUCUAGCGGACUCUGACCUCUUGCUACCAGAGUACAUACUGAGUGUACGCUACAAGACCCCAGCUGUGGUUGCAUCAGAGGGACCCCCAGUGGUGAUCCCAGGGGGUCCCACACACCCUCGUCUGGCCAUGCUGGAUGAGUCUACUCUAUUAGCCAGUGCUGGGGCAGACACACUAACCUCCGUGAAGGAGCUGUGUUUCCACGACAACCACCUAACAAGGUUUCGACUAGCCUCUAGUUUGCCGUGUCUUGUGAAACUUGUUCUCUCAUGUAACGAAAUAGGGACAGCAGAAGAUCUCAGGAAUAUGCCAUGCCUAGAGGAGUUGGACAUCAGUUUCAAUAGCCUCUCCUCUCUGGAUGGCCUCAAAGGAGUGCCUAAACUGAAUAGGUUGGAUGUGAGGGGCAACCUGUUAGCCAGUGGACAGCAAGUCAUGACUGUACUGCGCAAACACACACCCUCUCUACAGAGCCUGGAUAUCAGAUACAACCCUUGGGACAAGGUCCCUUGUGAUCGUGUCCAGCUCCUAGGCCAUCUUAAGACACUUGGAGUCUUUAAUGGUAGUACAGUUAGUGAGGAGGAGGCUAGAGGGGCAUUGAAACAAGUUGUCAACUCACACCUCUCACUCUCCACACUUAUGAGCCACGCCCACACCCAUACCCACACUCCUCACACCCUCACACUCCACCCACUCUCACAGGUUCUCCACACAGACACUCGGCACAGAGCCUGCCACCAGGACAACUGGACACACACAGUGACUAGUCUGUGUCUGGAUGGUCUGGGUCUACAACACCUCCACACACUAGAGGGUCUACCCAACCUCCGCUGGUGUUCUCUGGCCAAUAAUAGCCUCACAAGUACAUCAAUAGAGGUUGUGAUGGGGUGUAGUGGGCUAGAGGAGCUGAUACUGGACGGCAACCAUCUCCACGAUCUCCCCUCACUACACACACUCACACAUCUCACACACCUCUCACUUGCUGACAAUCUCCUCUCCUCUCUUCCUCCUUUGUUUCCUCAACUAGCGUACCUCAAUGUCUCCUACAACAAGCUCUCCACUCUGGGGCCACUAAAGUAUUGUGUGUCUCUGGUGGAGUUGUAUGCUUCGGGUAAUACCAUGGCAACCACACGCCAGCUGUUCCCACUCAAAGCCCUCACCUCAUUGGCAAUCUGUGACCUCUCGGCGAACCCUGUUACCCUAAGGUCAGAGUACAGGCACUUUAUCAUCUACCACUGCUCCUCUCUUAAGGCCCUCGAUGGAACAGCCAUUGAGGGGAGUGAGGUGGUGGCUGCUAGGGAGAGGAUGGGUGGACGUCUGUGUCAGGACCUGAUAUUCGAACGUCAUCACGACACUGAACUAAGUGCUCUGCGACAGUUGGAUGUGACUCACGCUGGGGUCAAGAUAGUUGAUCUCUCUCCUGUCUCUGUCUUCAACAAUCUGGCUAGUUUGAACCUGGAGCACAACUCUCUGACAUCCUUCAGUGGUCUGAUACACCUCCAUUGCCUCAAGGUAUUAUGCUUGAACCACAAUCGUGUGGAGGCUCUAGUAUCAUCUCGUGAGGCCCCUCUAGUCAAUGAGACAGUGUUGACUAGUCUACAAGUGUUGCAUCUAGCCUAUAAUGGUAUCCGUAAUCUGUCUGCCCUACAACUAGGCAAGAUACCAUCACUGAGAGCUCUCUUCCUUCAAGGUAAUGAGAUAAGCACAGUGGAUGGACUAGAUGGUCUCCAUCAGUUAACAGAGCUUGUUCUCGACAGAAACAAAGUGAAGGUGUUACAGGCUAGGUCAUUUGUGUCUCUGUCUGCUCUGAGGGAGUUGCAUAUUGAAGAGAACAGACUUAAAGACCUCUCCCACAUGACCCCACUGGUCAACCUGCAGAGACUCUAUCUAGGAAUGAACAAAAUACAGGACUUCAACCAGCUUGAAAUACUGUCUCCCCUCCACCGUCUGGUUGAGUUGUCCCUAGUGAGCAAUCCUGUCUCCCGUCGUCUCCAACAUCGUGGUGUGUUGGUGUACCUGCUCCCGUCCCUCCUCUCACUAGAUGGUGUGCAAGUCAGUCCAGAGGAGAGGACCGCUGCAUACCACACAUUCACACACUCACAGCAGGAAACAGAGGCAGCCACAGUUGACUCUGGUCUGAGUCAUGGCUCACUACUCAAGGUCAUGAAUGUUCCUUUCGGUCACCAGACGACCAAACCAUCCGCCCCCGCAUUCACUGAGAGGAGAAGAGGAAAAUAACACAAUAAUAAUAAUUAUGCUAAUAAUUGUUUGAUUUUC